AUGGUAUCACACUCCGUUGCUACCUCAGGACCUUCCCCUCGUCAUGCUACUGUCAAAAAGACCCAACCGAACCUAAUCAGCAACAGUAUUGGUGGCAAUAACAGUGACGCCAAGGAUGAUGCCACUAAAGCCUUGACAGUCUUUACUUCUGGAUCAAGUGCCUUCCGUACUAGAAAUAUUAUGGAAAGCUAUACCCCAAUGGUCCCACCGUCGUUAAAUGCCAACACAGCUAAUGGCGCGUCGUCGUGCUCGUCGUGGACGCGGUCAUUCAAGUAUAGCAACUGCAGCCCCAACGCACUGUUGUCAAAUGCCCAUACAGCUAAUGAUUGGUCAUCGUCCUCGUUGUGGAUGCGAUCAAUCAAUUAUAACAAUCGCAAUUCCAACACACCACUGUCAAAUACCAAUACAGCUGAUGAUGCGGCGUCGUCCUCGUCGUGGAUGCAGUCAGUCAAUUAUAACAGCCACAAUUCUAACCGAAUUCACAGAAAGUUUAUACGUGGUCCAGUAACUAGAUUGGAAACAAUAUGGGAAUCAAUAUGGGAAUCUGAACCAUACUUUGUGCCCCAGGCAAAAGAUAAUGAGGCAACUGCAAAAUCGGAUUGA